UAGGCUGUGAUGUCACAGACCAUCUCCUAAAGCUUCUAGAACAACAACAGUUGUGGCGAGAACAAGAACACCACCGCUUGAAAGAGAGUGCAGGUGACCAGUUUAUCCACAGCCAUUGCUUUGCCCUAAGGGCCAUGGUUCCAGACGGCUUGCAGUAAGAACAAGGAGAAAGAACGCAAAGGGAUCUACUACCCAUCUGGACAAUGAUACAAACGACUUGCAAGCCAUUGCCCUGAUGAAAAGAAUAAAACAACCCCCGUGAAGUGGGAUUGGACAAACUAGCUCUCCUGGUUCCUUGAUUCAUAGCUUAGGUUGGCCAACAAGGAGGGAACGAGACAAAAGGGGUAGAGAUUUUGACUUGUCAAAGGUAUAACAUCUGCCUUAGGGGCUCAGCUCCUAACUUAGCAGUGCAAAGGCUGAAGGAAAUAUGGACGAUUCUGCGCCCACUCUUGACAAAAUAAUUUUUGGGAGUGAAGAAAAACUAGAGGCUGAGGAACAGAAACAAAACGAUGAAAUCAGAGAGGAGACUAACAGUGAGGUCCAAAACCAGGAAGGUGGAGAUUCUGGCCCGGUGGUAGAAGAAGAAGCCCCAAAGAGGACACUUUAUAGCAAAGAUGUGCUGGACCAGUCCCAGCAGACAGACAGCAAAGUGAGCAUUUUUAGUCGAAAAGACUUCACGGAACAAAGCCAGCAGACAGAUAUUUCUGGCAGCACAACGUCUCUUCGGAAACAAUCCCGCGGCAGCAGCCCCCGAGUCCUGGGCCAGGAAUCCCGCCGUAGCAGUCAACAGACCGCUGGCCACCAGACAGUACACAGCCACAAGUCUUCCCGAGCACAGUCGGAACAGGAGAUUAUCUUGCCUGAAGAUACUGAAACGGCGCAAGAACUUCGAUAUAGGAACGAACAACCGGAAGGUCAGGAAUCCCGCCGCACUAGUCGCCAACUAGAGAUGCAGCCAGAAGAAAAAGAAGAACAGAGAAGGGAAUCUCGGCAUGCCAGUCUGCAGUCUGUCGGCCGCCAGGCCCCGCAGAGCCGGAAAGCUUCCCAAGGGCAAACACUGAAUGCAGAUGAUACAGGGGAGGAAGUAGCAUGGAUCAGUGAAACGACAGGUGUGAAAAUGGUGUGCAAGAGUCAGCAAACAAAUAGGGUGCAUGGAAUUCAGUCGCUUUCUGAACUUCUGCAUCUUUUUAGACAAGCAACUGAAAUGAGCAGAGUUUCAGAUAAAGAGAGGUCUAAUAGUGAAGCAGCAAUAAUGUCACCUGCAGUGCAAGAAUCCCGCCGCAGCAGCCAACAAUUAGAAGGAAAAGAAUCACAACAUGAUAGCCAACAACCUGCGGUACAAGAGUCUCGCCAUAGCAUUCAACAGGCAGAGAAACAGGAAUCACGACGUGGUAGCCAAAAACCUGCGGAACAGGAGUCUCGCCACAGCAUUCAACAGACAGGGGAACAGGAAUCACGACGUGGUAGCCAAAAACCUGCGGAACAGGAGUCUUGCCACAGCAUUCAACAGACAGGGGAACAGGAAUCACGACGUGGUAGCCAAAAACCUGCGGAACAAGAGUCUCGCCACAGCAUUCAACAGACAGGGGAACAGGAAUCACGACGUGGUAGUCAACAACCUGUGGUACAAGAGUCUCGCCGCAGUACUCAACAGCUAGAGGAACAGGAACCCAGAAUUACCAGCCAGCCACCAAUAGGCCAGGAGUCUCACCACAGCAUCCAAUCCAAGUCAGAGGAACAAAAAACAAAGCGACAUAGAAAAGUAAACAAAAAUAUAACUGAUUGUGCUCAACAAACAGACAGUACUGAGACCCUAAGGAGACCAUUGUUAGAAAUAGGUGUGCAGACGGGCGUUUCUGAAAGUACAGCAGUUGAAUUGCAAGAUUCUCGCCAUGGCAGCCAGCAGCUUGGCCUGGAAGGAUACAAUUCAGAGAAUCUUCCAGACCAGUCGCAAGACACUUGUAGUGCUUUCCAGCAACCUGAAGUACAGGAAGCCCGCCACGACGAUGUGCCACAUGAACUGCAAGAACCGGACAGCGACCAGUAUGAAAAUCAAGAUCUGCACCGGGGCAGUCUUCCAGUUAAGUUUCCAGAAUCCCUCCAUGAUAGCCAGCAAUAUGAAUUACGAGACUUCCGUCAGAGUAGUCUCCCAGCUGUAUUGGAAGAUUCCUACCUUAGCAACAAAUACUGUAAUGCUCAAGGUCUAUUAGAUAACAUUCCGCAUGAGUGUAAGAUAGUUGAAGAAGAAUACAUGCCUGGUAUUCAACAAACAGUGACAGAGGAAUCUCAGGAUGGAAGCCAACAGCCCCCAGGGACAGAAGCCAAGAACGAUGAAAACGAACCCCAAGCGCCCAUUGCUCCUGAAAGCGAGCACGUCCAGCAAAAACAGAAAGUGUCGUUUGCUCAGCAGACGUAUAGCAUUAUUUCAAUAGAAAAAGCUAUCUGGUUAAACAGAAGAACUGGCAGAUUAAUGAAAAACCAGAGUCAACAGACUAUAGAGAGUUGGCUCCAUAAGACAAAAAUACAACCUAGUGAAAAAACAGUAUCAAAGACUGGAGACCUGGAGGAUCAUGAGUCAACUCAUGACAUAUGUGAAAAGGAACAAAUGAAAGACCUUACAGAGCUUGAGUUGCAAAGAGGCGCCCAAGAGCCUACAGUACCUGAGUCCCGGAAGGGAAGUCAACGCGUUGCAUUUGAUUCCCGGAAGGGAAGCGAACAACCCACUGCUCCUGAGUCCCGGAGGAGCACCCAAGACGCUAUAGCACCUGAGUCCCGGAAGGAAAGCCAGCAGACCUCUGUAUGUGAGUCCCGAAGGGGGAGUGAACUGCCCACUAUAUAUGAGACCCGGAAGGGAAGUGAACAGUCCAGUGCUCCUGAAUCCCAGAGGGACAGCCAACAGCCUACAGCCCCUGAGUCCCGGAGAGAGAGCCAGCAGCCUACAGCCCCCGAGUCCCGGAGAGAGAGCCAACGGCCUACAGCACCUGAGUCCCGGAGAGAGAGCCAGCAGCCUACAGCACCUGAGUCCCACAGAGGGAGUGAACAGCCUACAGCCCCCGAGUCCCGGAGAGAGAGCCAACAGCCUACAGUCCCCGAGUCCCGGAGAGAGAGCCAACAGCCUACAGCACCCGAAUCCCGGAGAGAGAGCCAGCAGCCUACAGCACCUGAGUCCCGGAAAGAGAGCCAACAGCCUACAGCACCCGAGUCCCGGAAAGAGAGCCAACAGCCUACAGCACCCGAGUCCCGGAAAGAGAGCCAACAGCCUACAGCACCCGAGUCCCGGAAAGAGAGCCAACAGCCUACAGCACCCGAGUCCCGGAAAGAGAGCCAACAGCCUACAGCACCCGAGUCCCGGAGAGAGAGCCAACAGCCUACAGCACCCGAGUCCCGGAGAGAGAGCCAACAGCCUACAGCACCCGAGUCCCGGAAAGAGAGCCAACAGCCUACAGCACCCGAGUCCCGGAAAGAGAGCCAACAGCCUACAGCACCCGAGUCCCGAAGAGUGAGCCAACAGCCUACAGCACCUGAGUCCCGGAGAGAGAGCCAACAGCCUACAGCACCUGAGUCCCGAAGAGUGAGCCAACAGCCUACAGCACCCGAGUCCCGGAGAGAGAGCCAACAGCCUACAGCACCCGAGUCCCGAAGAGAGAGCCAACAGCCUACAGCACCCGAGUCCCGGAGAGAGAGCCAACAGCCUACAGCACCUGAGUCCCGAAGAGUGAGCCAACAGCCUACAGCACCUGAGUCCCGGAGAGAGAGCCAACAGCCUACAGCACCUGAGUCCCGGAGAGAGAGCCAACAGCCUACAGCACCUGAGUCCCGGAGAGAGAGCCAACAGCCUACAGCACCUGAGUCCCGAAGAGUGAGCCAACAGCCUACAGUACCUGAGUCCCGGAGAGAGAGCCAACAGCCUACAGCACCUGAGUCCCGAAGAGUGAGCCAACAGCCUACAGUACCUGAGUCCCGGAGAGAGAGCCAACAGCCUACAGCGCCUGUGUCCCGGCGAGGAAGUGACCAGCCUACAGCACUCGAGUCCCGGAGAGGGAGUGAACAUCCUACUACACCUGAAUCCAAGAGAGGGAGUAAACAGUAUACAGCUCCAGAGUCCCAAAGAGACAGUGAACAACCUAGUAAUGAGCAACAAUUAAGCCAAGAACCCCAAAAGAGCAGCCAGGAAUUUCUACAAGGAGAAUUGGAAUUGGGUACUGAAAAAGAACCCCAAAUGCCAACUCGUAGUGACAGUGAACUGGCUCAACCUAAACCAAAGUCUUCCUUUUCUGCCAAGGCUCAACAAACAUAUAGCAUUAUUUCUCUUGAGUUAAAUACUUGGAUAAACAGAAGAUCUGGCAAAGUAAUGACGUGUAGUGGUCAACAAACGGACAAAAGUUGGCUUCAGGAUUAUAUAGCAAGAAAACUAAACCUUACCUCAAAAGAAAGCCUAUCAAAAAGUGCUCAGCCUGAAGCAGAGAAGAUUGAACCCUCCAGUCCUGAGGCUCCUGGAAAAGAUUCUACUGAACUGCAACACGGAGACCAGGAUGAAUUUAAGACUGAGGGGCCAUCAGAGGUACCUGAAGACCAAGGAACAAAUGUUCUUGAGGAUAACAAAGCACAAGAAGAGCAACCACUGCCAAUUGAACCACUAACAAGCAGUCAACAGGACAUUGAAUUACAGUUUCAAAAAGACAAGGACAUGCCUGAAUCCCGGCGGGGCAGCCAACAGGUUGACAUGACCCAAUCCCGGAAGGGCAGCCAACAGCCUGACGUGCCCCAGUCCCAGCGAGGCAGCCAACAGGUUGACAUGACCCAAUCCCGGAAGGGCAGCCAACAGCCUGACGUGCCCCAGUCCCAGCGAGGCAGCCAACAGGUUGACAUGACCCAAUCCCGGAAGGGGCAGCCAACAGCCUGA